AUGGCAGAGAAGACCCUGCGCCGCCCGAUUAAAUCCCAAGUGAGCGGGGUGUUGGAAUUACGAUGGCAUAAUCGUGCGGCGGCGGAGGACGGGGCUCAGUGUCACGUCAUCAGGAAUCCCAAGGCUGCCGAGUGCAUCGAAAUGGCGGAGGUCAAUCGCACAGCGUGCGAUAGGAACAACUGCGCCGAGUCCCUGGAGCACCGCGGGUCCAACGGCGCCGCCUUCAGUCCCGAGGCGGCGCAGAAGGCGGACAACAGCGACCCAAGCGACAGCCGCAACUCCAGCCCGAGCCCCCAGCGAGCUCUGCUUACGGCCAACCAUUACAAGGGACCCGAGUCGACAGACCCAGCAGCAAAACCAGCGACUCCAGAAUCUCCGAAUGCGGAUGUUACCUCGGGGACGCAGAACAAGAAGGAGCAGCUCCACCAGCAAUCCGCAGCGAGCAGAUUCACUAUCUACAAAGUGCACAAGGCUAGCAAACGGAAACGAGAAAGAUCUUCAGCAAAAAAGGAGAACAAGGCCACCAAAACGUUGGCAAUCGUGCUCGGUGAGUGGGUCGUAUUUCGCGGCAUGCGUAUACCUAAGGCUGUGAAUGCGGCUUUUCUACUCCUUAACAAACCCGGAACAUGCAACGCGAAAUUCACAUUUCCCGAAACGCUUUUGCACCAAGCUCUGUUCUCGGUAAUUUCUGCCCAAGGCAUCCACGAAACGCACUCGACAUUCGCGUGCCCGAGUGUUAUCCUCGAGAACAAUAUUUUAUUCCCGCGGCUUUCCGUGGAUUCGGGAUUCCACAUCAAAUUGCAGGGCCCUUAUUCUCGAUUCGCACCAGCGUUGUCAAAACAGGCUCCUUUCGCCUUCCUGGAUCAGAAAGCGUCAGACCGUCUGGAGAAGAAAAACAUGACGUCAUCUUUCGCCUAUCUCGAAGCGGCACUGAGAAUUCCUUUUAUGUUCGCAACGUAUGCCACGGAACUUCUCAGCAAAGCUUCUGAGAGCUAUCAGGCAAAAUAG